UACUCCGUACUCCGUUUCGCCUGAUACAGAGCACAUACCGUGCGUACACAAACAUCUGUAUAUAUACAUACAAAUGUUCUCCGCGACCUGCGACACCCAUUUUUAAAUCGGCAGCUUGCGCCGUCCGGGUGAACGACUGAACGCGAGUAAAUAGAUCUCGAGGCUCCACAGGGGGGAGACCUGGGGGAGCGAGAGAGAGAGAGAAAACAGAGAAAAACAAAGCCCCCCUCCUUCGAGGAAACCUUUCCCGCAAUUCCUGCUCGAGUUGGACGUUUUACGGAGGUGAUGGAUCGGAGGCGGCUUAUCUGGCACUCGAUCGGCGCGUUCGCCACCUGCCAGUCGCGUUAAAUAUCUGUAGAGGUGCCACGGUGUCAGUGUGUCGCACAAUCGCGGGAGAAACCGAGAGCGGAUCGUCGUACAGGACGUGGGGAUGGCGGCGGAGAUCGACGGCGACGAACGAUCGCAUCCGCGAUGCAUCAAAUUGCCGCCCGCCGUCGAGGUGUUCGCCAAUUUGAAAAACGCACAGACCUUCGCCAUAGACAUCGGAUUGUCGUUAACCAAAAUUGCCUAUUACUCAACAGUAAGUUAUCGCAAGGCACUUUAUGAGGAUGCGGAAGGUUUAGGGAACAGUGGAGAACGAGCAUAUAAAGUAUUCGAGGGUAACAGACUGCAUUUUGUUAAGUUUGAGACUAGAUAUAUCGAAAACUGCUUAGACUUUGUCAAGAAGAAUUUAGUGGACGUUGAACGAUUUCGUGGGAAAAGUAUUAAAGUUACUGGAGGUGGAGCGUUCAAGUAUACCCCAUUGCUACAAGAAAAAUUAGGAUUAUUAGUCGACAAGGAAGAUGAAAUAGACUGUCUGAUAAAAGGUUGUAAUUUCUUGCUUAAAAAUAUACCGUGCGAAGCGUUUGAGUACCACCGACAUGCGAAUCCAGAGUAUAAAUUUCAAAAAGCUGGACCUAACAUAUUUCCAUAUUUGCUGGUUAAUGUUGGUAGUGGCGUCAGUAUUCUUAAAGUGGAAUCAGAUGAGGUAUUUGAAAGAGUCGGAGGUACAGCUACAGGAGGCGGUACCUUUUGGGGAUUGGGAUCAUUACUUACGAAAAGAAAGGACUUUGACGAAUUGCUGCAACUUGCAGAACGAGGAGAUCACCGUAAUGUAGAUAUGUUAGUGAAAGAUAUUUAUGGAGGCGAUUAUUCCUCCCAAGGUUUAUCUGGAGAACUUAUCGCGUCAUCUUUUGGCAAAGCGGUGGCUUGUGGGCAGCCAAAAUUUUCUGAAGCUGAUCUUGCAAGGAGCUUACUGUUCACUAUUAGCAAUGAUAUUGGACAUAUAGCUAGUUUGUAUGCAACCGUUUACAAUAUGGACAAGGUUUACUUUGGUGGUUAUUUCCUUCGUAACCAUCCACUAUCAAUGCACACCAUCUCAUAUUCUAUCAAAUAUUGGUCUCAUGAUAAGGUAACGCCUCUCUUUCUUCGCCAUGAAGGUUACCUUGGCGCGAUUGGGGCAUAUUUGUACGGUACCGAACAGACAGACAAAUACAGCUGGUUGGAAAAUUACGCCGGGUCAUCGAGUUUUAAAGAUUCCGUGUCAACCGAUCUCGGAAUUAAAAUCGAUCAACUGGAAAUUGAUCAAGCAGAAUACGCUGUUACAUUCUGUCCCCUAUUGAAAGAUCCCGCAUCUUACAAUCCUGAUACCACAGAUCUGGCUCAGGAUAAAGAGGCAAGAGACUAUUGGCUGCAAUGUUUUGAAGAGUCUGUGGAUAAAUUUGUGUCGAGAGCUAUUCACAGUCAACCGCACAGUCCGACGGCGAAAGAUAGAGGAUUAAAACUAAAGGAGAAAUACAUUAAUAGAUUACACUAUCUUCACGCGCAACCGUUUGCAUAUGGAGCACUUACAGUUAGAAUAUUAUUGGAUACCAUCGAGCAUUGCAUGAAAGAAUUCGAUUUUCCAGAUCCGUAUUUACAUCAAAAAAGAAAGGAGAACGAAGAAGCAUUGACACACCUACAUGAUCGUAUAACUGCUCUAGACAAGCUAGAAGGUGCAGAAAAAAUAAAAGCUUUGAUUCUUGGCGUUCUCAGUGGUAAUAUAUUUGAUUGGGGUGCAAAAGAUGUUGCAAAGCUAUUGGAAACCGAUGAUUUUGGCUUUGAAGAAGCUCAAGCGAAAAUUCCAGGUAGGCCAUGGCUGGAGGAUAAUUUAGAUGACUGGAUACACAGAUUACAGAAUGGACCACCUCACAAAUGUGCAGCCAUCUUUGUUGAUAAUAGCGGCGUAGAUGUAGUUCUUGGAAUCCUGCCAUUUGCGCGAGAUUUAUUGCAACGGGGGACUAAAGUAAUAUUGUGCGCUAAUUCUAUGCCAGCUCUGAAUGACGUAACAUAUCCUGAAUUAGUCGUCACGUUACGGGACGCCGCGAAAAUCUGUAAUGUUAUCAAACAGGCUCUAGAAGAUAAUACUCUUAUUGCUAUGGAAACUGCGCAAGCAGGUCCUUGUCUGGAUCUCAGCCGUCUGAAUUUGGAUCUAUGCCUUGCAAUGGUGAAACACAACGUGGAUCUUAUAGUCAUCGAAGGAAUGGGUAGAACUUUGCAUACGAAUUUUCAUGCUAAAAUGAAAUGCGAGUGUCUGAAAUUGGCGGUCGUAAAGAAUCAGUGGCUGGCGCUUCGUUUAGGUGGCGAUAUGUAUGCUGUGAUAUGCAAAUACGAGCAACCGCCGCCGAAAACUAAUAUUUACGAUAUCGAGAUAAAACCAGAGGCGAUAAAAGACGGUUGUCCGUCAAAAUGUACAGGCGAGGCAACAGAACUUUGCAAAUGCGACAAUUCUAACGAUAGAAAUACAAAUGAAGUGUCAGUGUAAAACGAGCAAUAUACGAUUAUUUCUAGACCAAACAAUAAUUAAAUAUAUAACAUAUUGCCUUCCGAAAAAGAGAAAACUUAAAGAGCUACGCGCAAAUACGCUUAAAUUCUAGAAAUGUGAUCGAGUCUGCACUGUUUAGAAACAAACAUACAGAUGAAAUAUCAUGUGAUUCGUCAGAUAAUCGUAAUCGUGAUACCAGAGAUUAUUGAAAUAAUUUUAUUGAUAAUUUAUCAAUAAAAUUUACUUUUCAUUUUUUUAUUAUAAUGAUCACGUAAUAGGUUUGUUUUAGUUAUAACUUACUGUAUUACUAGUAUAUUGUUCGUCUUCUCUCUCCUCACACGUUUUUAAAAAAUUACUGUUAGUAUUACCACCUGCCUUCCAAACUCUAGAUCUUUUAUCAAUAAUCUAAAAUAUUAUUGAUAUCUAAAUUACGCAAGACUUAUAUAUAUAUAAAUGUAAUUUUAUUGUUCAUCUCAUUAACUAUAUGACCGAAGAAUAUCACUUUCUUUUACCAUGGAGAUAUCUAUAUGCAUGUUAAAUGAAAUCAGCAAAACUUCGCAAAGACAAAGUUCAUAAAACGUAAACUGUAAAACGUUUUUGUAUCGAUUAUUUGACAACUUUUCCAUUUAUGAAUUAACAAUUUAUCGCAAUACGCUUGCUCAAUCUCGUCCACACAGUCACUAUUAACAUUAAAAAAUUAGUUAUUAUAUUUUAUUUUUUACAGAAAUGCUAGGACUAUCAAUGUAUAUAAACAAGCAUGUCUGAACUUUAUAUUAAUGUAAAUGAUUAAAAUCGUUAUAUAAAUAAUUGGUUAAAGACAAUAAAACCGUUUUUAUGUAUAA